GAGGUAUCCGAUCUAACUAGGCUUCGUAGGAUGGGAUUUCCUUGAGUCCAGCUAUUGGAAUCGCGUUUGUGAAAACCCAGCCGUGUAAACAAUGGACAACUCCCAUCUCAAACCUGGAGAGCAUGACGGCCACAGUCGAGUGGCCAGCCAAGGUGCGGGCUUGCACCUUGGCUCUCACGAGGACUUCUUCUCAAACCACGUACCAUCUCGUCCGGUUACGCCCACAGGCCCAGACAACCACCCCCGGCCGUCUUCAUCUUACCGGAAGCCUCGAAAGAUUGUCCUGUGUUUCGAUGGGACAGGCAACAAGUUCCAUGGCGAUGACAGCGACAGUAACAUCUUGAAGAUCUUCCGCAUGCUGGACAGAACAGCAAGCGAUCAGUACCACUAUUACCAACCUGGAAUCGGCACAUAUGUUGUUUCAAACAGCCUCAGCCACACCGGCACCGUCGCCAAAAUCAAGUCCUGGUACAUGAAGGCUAAGGAUUCGGCGGUCGGAUCCUCGUUCGACCAACAUGUCGUCGGCGGUUAUCGUUUCCUGAUGCGCUUCUACAAUCCGGGCGAUGAGAUUUACAUCUUCGGCUUCUCCCGCGGCGCGUACAUUGCUCGUUUCCUGGCAGAAAUGCUGGACUAUGUCGGCCUCCUCUCCCACGGCAACGAAGAGAUGGUCGUGUUUGCCUGGAAGGCGUUCUCCAACUGGCAGAGCCGCCAGGGCAACAAGACACCCGAAGGGAUCAAGAAGACGAAGGAGAUGUACGAGUUCAUGAAGGGCUUCCGGGAGACCUUCUCGCGGCCCGUCCGCCGCAUCCGCUUCCUGGGCCUCUUCGACACGGUCAACAGUGUGCCCCGGUUCGAGACGGCGUGGAUGGAACGGAGCAAGUUCCCCUACACUGCGCGGACGUCGGCGAAGGUCAUUCGCCACGCCGUCAGUAUCGACGAGCGGCGCGCCAAGUUCAGACAGGAUCUGAUCUACCAGAGCGACCGCUGCCGGAAGGCGAAGGAACAUGGCCCAGGACACAACAAGCUGCACGAAGUAAGCGAGAAGCUACAUCCUGGCAAGAACCGUGGCCGGCAAGCAAGGUUGGAUGUCCCGGACCGCCCGGCCCCGUACCGCGCCCGCUCGCACUCGGCGCGAUCCCGCCGCACGGCCAUGGCGGACCAGGAUAGCCUGCAUCACGAUGCCAAAUCCGAAAUAUCCGUGGCGCCCCAUCCGCAUGACGAGGACCACGAGGUCGACUCCGUAGCCGACUCGGAGGAUGAGACCGACCAGGACAUCGACGAGGUUUGGUUUGCUGGGGGACACGCCGAUAUUGGAGGGGGGUGGGAGAUGCUUCCGGAGUCGAAAUCCGCAAGCCAUGUGCCCUUGGUGUGGAUGAUCCACGAGGCCAUGAAGGCCGGGUUGCACUUUGACCCGGACAAGCUCCGCGAGAUGGGCUGCGUCGAGGUCCUCGAAGAUGAGCCGUGCAUGGCAUCCGGGAACGGGAAUCAAGAAUCCGGCGAUCCAGCACCGCCAAACCGAGCCGGCGAGGCCGGGAAUGGCGCCGAACCGCCCCCAGUCCCAAACAUCAUGGUCCGGAGCCCUAGCGCCAGCACGCCAAAGCUCUUUCAGAAAUCCGGCUCCGGCAACCCUUCCAAUGCCAGUAGCUCCUCCCAGGACCCGGCACCGUCUCGCCCACCUACUUUCAGAGAGAUGAUGCACAAAGCCCACGUGGCGCUCAUCCAUGACUCGCUCGAAUUCGGCGGCGGGCUGAGCUGGUCAUCCGUCACUGCCUGGAAGAUGAUGGAGUACCUCCCCUUCCGGAGAAUGGACCUCCAGGAAGACGGGACCUGGAAGCCCAUCCGCUGGCCGCUGCCCUGCGGCGAGGUGCGCGACAUACCCGAGAACGCCCGCGUCCACGGCAGCGUAAUCCGCCGGCUGCGGGUCGACGAGAAUUACCGGCCGGGGAACCUGAUUAUUGGCGGUGGGGGGAGGGGAGUGAGGAAGGCGCCGGAGAAGUAUGGUAUCGGGGACUGGGUCUGUAUCGAGAAGGAAGGGUGUCCGAUUGGUGAAAUCUGGGUGCGGAAGAGCGCAGUGGACAAGGGGCUGCAUCGGGAUCGGAAGGCGAAGAGGGAAGUGUGAAGUUAGGGAGUAGCUAAGGUAGUCCUGCUUGAGGGCCUGAAUCGUGAAGAGCCAAAGUGAAGAGAGGAAAUAUAUGGAAACAUCACACUCCCAGGUAUUGGAGAGAGGUUAUUUGAGAAGUACUUACUAUACAGUACGAGUAUCGUUACCAACUGGCCGGUAAUCAGUGGCCAAGGCACACUCAAAUUCUCUGGUCAAGGCCUCUGAGUCU